CAGGAACAGCCGGAAAUCAAACAUUUUAACCUUUAAAAUCUCAGCGUGGCAUUUGUCACAUUGCAUAAAGAAGAGGCAGACGGGGACCGGGCUGCUGGAUGAUGGCGCUGACGGGGCUGCUGCUGCUGGAGUUGGGUCUGUACGCCAGCUGUUUCGUCUGCGGGAUCGUUACCGCCGCGUCCAUCACCAUUGUCCAGGGUAAUUUUGGAGGUCUGUGUAUGCUGUAUGGACUUGUCAGCUACAAUGCAACAGCAGGCGCCAUCGGAGUGCAGUCAUCCAGCUCAUCGUCUCUGUGUUACUUUGUGUCGGCCAUAUCAGUCAUGGUGGCAGUGGUGUGUUUCUCACUGUCACUGUACUGGAUGUACACGUUCUGCAUCGACGGGGAAAUCAGAAGGGAGCGCGUGUGGAUGAACAUGAUCGUGGCUGUGUGCGGAGUCUUCCUGUUCUUCCUGCUCAUCACGGGGUGCAUGCUGAAGAUCGGACGCGACUCGCUCUGCACCUCGGUUAUACAAACCGUUCCCAACAUCACCAGAUGUGAAGACGCCCAGACUAGAAAGUGGGUCAGUCCACUUAAAGGAGGAAGGUUCUACAACAGUCUACACAAAGCAGAGACGGCCGUGUGGGUCAACUUCUUUUUCUGGCUCAUCAUCGGGGUUCUGGUGGUCAUUCAGAGGCGUCAGAGUACAGGGUCGAAGCUGAUCGCGGGAGUGCUCGGAGACUACGGCGGGCCGGCCGGAGGGCUUUUCGGCGAUCCGGGAGUGACGGCUGCAGAGACGGAGCCAUUUUUCAACCGUCCUCCAAGACCACAGGUGUUACGGCAAAUAGAUACAAUAGAAGCAUUUCCCCUCGACGAGGAUGGGAUUCGAACCCACGCGUGCAGAGCACAAUGGAUUAGCAGUCCAUCGCCUUAACCACUCGGCCACCUCGUCAGGCACAAAGACACCAAUAAAAAGCAAAAACUGUGCAGAAGCUGUGUUAGCCUGACAGUUUGACCUCAUAUUCAUAAGAUUUUACCUGUUGACAUGUUGAUUUACCCGUUUCCCACAUCUCACUAACCAAAGCCAUUCCAAAUGUCUGACUACUGAAUCACACGGAAGUGUGUAUUUGUUCGUUCCCACUGUUUCUGUUUCUGAGUAUGUUUACAUAACCAACAUAUUAACAUAUUAAUUGGAGGCAUUCGUUUUACAUGUCAUCAUUGUGCUCAGAUUUUGUAUGUUUGAUGUGACUGGCAGAUGACGAUGUUUCCUAUGUGUAAAACACAACUAUUUUACAAAUUAUUAACGUCAUUCUUGUAAAAUGUCAAAACUAAACGGCUUAAAGUUAAAAAAAACAAAAAAAAACCCUCCUGAAAGGUGGUAUUGUGAGUUCUACUCCAGUUUUCUUUCUGUACGUUGUCUUUAUUCUUUAUUUAUGAUGCAUUUGACAUUGAGGCCAAAGUUCACUCAUCUUUAAAAUGUGAUUUAAUGUUGAGUAGUUGAGUCUCAACAUGUGAACAACACUCCUGCUUGAGGAAACAUCUGCUACAGAUUGAAACAACAAGAAAAACAUUAUGUUACAUUAUAUUACAAAUCAUUGAAAUGGAUGUUUAAUUUUAGGCAUGAUAUACAGUAUGUGAUCCCACCCUAACAUCUAAUAUCCAGUCCAGGUUCACUCAGACCUGCUGACUAAAUGUUGAAACAUCUGAUCUGUAGUGCUGGUUGAGCAUUAUGAGUGUAUGAACUUCAAAUGGGUACAUGUCAACAUCUCAACCACAUGACUGUUUGUUGUGUUGCUACUGAGCACAUGGUGUGCUGCCUUUUGAAAACAAUAAACCAAAGAGUUUGAACAAAAUGACCCAAACUUGUUCAUUGCUCAUGUCCCUCACAGGUAAUGGAGACAUGCUAGUAGAUAUGUUGACCUGUGUCUCCCUCUGCUGGUUGAAGUGAAGACUCUCACUUGUAUGAGAGAUACAGUUGUACUGUACUGCAAGUGCCUGUUUUAUGUGUUAAAUGUAGUGUUUUCUCAUGUCAGUUCACUGUCGUUUGACUUACAUUUACAAAGGUGAAACCUGUAUUUUGUGUGACACUUCAUAAUCUUAUUAUUGUGGCUGUGAAGUUAUGUAAUGACUGAUUGAGCCAGUGACCUCUACAGACUUUAAGGACACUGGUCCUGAGGGGUUAUUUUUUUGAAGCCCAAUGUCACGUACAACUAAAACUCCUGGCGGUCUUUAUUCUGCAUCAUAUGAACACAAAUAAAGUGCCACCAAGUAAUAAACAGCAGUAAUUUAAGCCAAAACAGCACAUUGUGUCCAAAACAUGUAUGUAGUAUACAUACCUCUUCCCUUCCAUCAGAGGAGUGUUUCUGUUAUAGACUCACAAAACUAAUAGGAUCAAAUUUAAUUCAUUUUGUUUAAAACAGUUAAACCCAACAGACCACUGACUGGCUUUGAUUUUCACUAUUGAGUCAGACGAAUCAGUUUCAUCACACCUGUUAAGAUAUUGGCCUAUUUCAUCCAGUUAAAUCAUCCCAAACAUUAAUCCAGACCUCAUCAUUACAUUAUCAUUAUUAUUCAAAAUGCACAUUAUUAAACAUACAUUUUAAAGUCUAUCCUGUAUUAAAACACGACAAUGUGAAUUCCUUACUCGGCCACCAGUAAAAUAUCAGCAUUUGUUAAUGUGUAUUUGAAGGGGAAUGAAGCAUGACUGAAUUAAAUACUAGCAGUUCCCUGACAGAUCAAAAUAGAAGGAAUGAGCUUAAUGCUGCCAUUACAACACGACUACUCUCUUUCCUGAACUGUCUAAUCUCUGUGGAUUAAGUGACCUGGCUUGCGCCCUGAGGUAAAAGAUAAUGUUCACUGGCGAGAGAAAGGAAGGAGUGACGGGACUAGGAAGAAGGAGACGGAUGGGGACGGAGAGAAAUAAAGCAUUUUAGAGAAAAAACUGUAAGUCAGCUUGCAAGAGCCAGUUUAACUACAUCUAUACCUGAAGUAGAAUUGUUACCUGCAGCUACUGUGUGCUUUUUUUACAGGAACUCUGUAAAGGACAACAAAGAGGAAAGAGCACUCUGGAGAAGACUGAAGACUGUUUAAAACUUGCGUCUCAGAAGACGACCAAAAAGCUUGUGAUAGAUUUGACUCUGGAAUCUAUGGUAAGACUUUCUCACAUCUUGCUUGGCUGGUCAUUACUGGGCUACUGAUUAUAAAAAAAACAACCUGUGUCUGAGAGACAAAAAAAGAAACAGAGUAGAGCUUGAAAAACUGCAUCAGAUAUAGAGAUACAGGCGGUAGGAUGGGGAUAAAAGUGAAACACAGAGAAGAGCAGUGGACACUGUAGACUGAGCUAAGCCAUGAUAAGCCUCUUUAAGCUACUUCACUCCCCACAGACCAAAUGUUCUGUUUUAAACCUGUUGAUCUGUGCUGGACGUCUGCUACCAAUUCACUUUAUCUGUAUUUCUGGCAGGAGAGCUCUAGUUUACUGCCAAAUCAGGCAGCAAUAAAACCAUAAAAGAGAGAACACAGUCCUUAAAUCUCAAAUUGAAAUCAUAGAAAGCCCUUCAACUGGACAAACAUAUGUUAGGUAGCUUUAUUUUCAAGCAUCUGUCUGCUUAAAUGUCCUCGAGCCAAAUCGUUGUGUCUCAUCCGGCUCCAUCCACCCCUUCUGUCUCUGUUCAGAACAUGUCUCAAGACCAGUUUGAGUCAGUCGCGGUGAGCGUGGAGUCCCUCCUGAGCGACGCCAAGAGGAUGCAGAUGCAGUGCCGCGAACGCAGCGAGCAGCUCUCCCUGGCCGCCACGCAGCUGAGGGUGGAGUCGGCCGCCCUUAGGGAGCAGUGCGAGGCCACCCAGCUCGACAUGGCCCGGAUCCGCCGGCAGCUGGAGGAGCUGUUGGACACCAAAGCCGCCUUCGAAGCCCGGGAGAGGCAGGCGCGUAAACUCAGCAAGCAGC